CACCACACUUGCCAUCUCCCUCGUUCAAGCUUGUUUGAACAACACAGUACCAAAUUGGUUGCCUUUCUUUCUUUCUCCAACAUCUAUCAUAUUGAUUGUUUUCUGGUCUUCGUAACCACAUACGGUUUUAGCGUUUGGACCGGCCUUGCAACCAACAAACCUAUGCCAUGAAAGUGCUUGCGCGCUGGAGCUGCUUUUGUUACAAGAUUCCAUGGUUGUUCUAUCUUCUGUUCAUUGUUGGAAUCGGUGAUCUCGGAAAUUUUAGGAUCACUAUGCCGCCCCGUAUGAGAGGUCGAGGAGGAUUUGCUACGUCUCACGACCAUGAGGCAGGGCCCUCACAUAGGCGAGCACCAUCCGCCACGCACAACACAGCCGCCAACGACCUUUGGAGGUCUUUCGCCGAGCCUGCUAGACACUCGGUAUCCGCCAGCACUUCACCGUCUUUACCCCACUCGUUUGGGCCCCACUCGGAGAAUGGGCCCCAUGGUUCGCAUGGAUCCUACAUACCUUUGCAUCAGUCACCGCACCAGUAUCCAGCACCAGUCUACCAGGGUUUAUAUAACCCUGAUGCUUUUGUGGAUGAGCCAGUGGGUCAUAACCCACUUGGACCGGAGGACCACUUUUCUGGUGGUCACGAGAUGGACGUCGACGAGGAUACGGACCCCUCGCUACCACCAUCAGGUACGCCUAACCAUCCGAUUGAGAUAUCGGAUGGGUCGCCAUUUAGGGGAUCACCCUACAAUGGUGGGGACAGCUUUCAGGAGAGAUUUAAGCAGCAUGAUUGGUAUUACACCCCCAGCCACAACUCUCCGAUGCUCCAGUCUCACCAGGUUUCGCCGGUGCACUCGCAGCACCACUCGCAGCAGCUUCAGCAGCAGCCGCCUCUACCGCAGGACCUAUCUGAGGCCCUAUGGCGUGACGUGAUCACUCCGUCACCACCGCCGCCACCAGUUUUACCUCCUCCGCCUCAGAGGCCAAGGAGGAAUGCGCGCAUGUCUACGCGCGGAGGGAUUCGCAUAGGCACCCCUCCACAUGUUGGUAGCAGCCGCUACACGUCUCUUCCCGGGGAGUCCGAGACAGGGGAGUCUCAGCAUCCUGUAUCGGAGGUCACUUCAGUACCGAUCCCGCCUCUGCCGCCGCAGAAUUUUGGAGAGCCGAUUCCAGCUUAUGCUAGUGCAGCUCAGUUUAACCCGUUCGAGCAUGUUUUCCCUCAGGGUUAUGAUUACACAGGAGACCCUUAUUGGCAAGCUGUGAACUACAGCUCACUCCCACCUAGUGGUCCAUUGGGAGACACUUGGGCUGCUGGGCAGUCUACUUUUAGUUACCCUCCGGGUUACCAGCAGCCACCGCAGCCGCAGCAGUACCAGCCACCGCAGCCGCAGCAGUACCAGCCACCGCCACCGGCGCCUAUGAUGUCGCCGCCGCAGGUUCAGGAAAUCCUGCAUGGGAUUGAUAGCAUGCGACGUGAGUUUCAACACGAGAUGCGAGCUGAUCGCCGUCGCACCAGUGGCAUGUUCAAGAAGGUGUUUGAUUUGCUCAAGGGUAAGAGCAAGAGGGAUCAUUGAAUCCUUCGAUUAUCAUUUCAUGUACUCAUGUCCCUGUGUGGACAUCUAUUCCUGUACUCUACCCCUGCGUGGGUAUAUCUAUCUUAUUCUACCCCUGCGUGGGUAUGCUGUUCUGUUGACCCCUGCGUGGGUUUGCUUUAUUUUAUUUUGCUUUUGUUGUUAUUUGUUUAGCCCCUGCGCGGGCAUGUUAUUCAUGUUAUUCAUGUUAUUUCAAAGUCCCGUUUAGGGCAAAAGAUGUACUAGUACUUUAUUUGAAAUUUGAAAUGGUUAAUUUGAAUUUCUCAUUUUAUUUA